AUGGCCAAGGCCGCGUGCGAACGGCUGGGCGUCAGGGUCGUCGUCGCCCGCGCCAGGUCCGUGCCCACGGGCUGCGUCGGCUUCGCCGACCUCGUGUCCGCUGGCGCCAGCAAGAGGCCGUCGAGCAACGGAGUCUGCCAUGACGACAUGGCCACGAUCAUGUACACGUCGGGAACCACGGGCAGCCCGAAGGGCGUCGUCCUGACGCACCGGAACAUCUGCCAGCAGAUGAUGAUGAGCGACUUCAGCGUGGCGGUCACCGACGGGCUCAAACAGAGGCUGGGGGUCGCCGCCGCGUCGCAGACGUGCUGCAUCCUCGUCCCCCUUUUCCACGUCACCGGGCUGGUCCACCUGCUGCUCGCCUCGCCCAUCAACGGUCGCAAGCUAGUGCUGCUGCCGAAGUGGGACCCGCUGCGGGCGCUGCAGCUCAUCGAGCGCGAGCGGGCGACAACGUGGAUAGGCGUGCCCACCAUGAUUCAGGACAGGAUGACCUGA